UGACAUUGCAUGGAGUGUUGUUGAGGGUAACAUGAGCAUUCGAUUUCAAUGCCAUUAAUGUUAUUCACAUUAUAUUUUAUAUAUUAAUACAAAUUGAUGCGCAUAAAUCAUAACAUCUAAGGGAUAUUUUAACAUUUUAGCGGCAUUAGCUCAAGAUAUGGCUCUACAGCGGCUUUCGGGCUCUUUUUCUGGGCUUAUUGUUCAGAAUUCGUCUAAAAUCCUCCAGAGGGCGUUUAGCGUGUCUGUGGUUGCAGCUGCCAUUCAGAAAAUGACAAGAGUACGCGUGGUGGACAACAGCUCUCUUGGAAAUACACCGUAUCAUCGGCCACCGAGGGUCAUCCACGUCUACACCAAGAACGGUGUUGGAAAAGUGGGCGACAAGGUGCUGCUCGCCAUCAAAGGACAGAAAAAGAAAGCUUUAAUUGUUGGACACAAAAUGCCAGGCGACCGCAUGACCCCCCGGUUUGAUUCAAACAACGUUGUCUUGAUCGAGGAUAAUGGCAACCCAACGGGAACCAGAAUUAAAGUCCCAAUACCCACGCAUCUACGGCAAAUGGAGGGAGAUUUCUCCAAAGUGUUGGCAAUUGCAAGUUCAUUUGUGUAACAUUCAGAUGGAUGUUCAAGUUUUACAGCUUUGAAUAAAAAUUAAAGAUUUGUUUUUACUUGAA